GAAACUCGCCAGAAAGACUGAGCAGAGAGCAGAACAUGGCAGAAGCCUUCUUGGUGUGCAGGAACUGCAAAAGAAAUGUAGCCUCUGCCCACUUUGCCCUCCACGAGGUGCACUGCCUGCGGUUCCUGGUCCUGUGCCCGGAGUGUGAGGAGCCUGUCCCCAGGGAAAAGAUGGAGGAACACUGCAAGGAUGAGCACCAGCAGGCCAAUGAGUGCCGGGAACGCCUCACUGAGUGUAAGUUCUGCAAGCUGGGCGUGCAGCUCAGCAGGCUGGAGCUCCACGAGUCCCACUGUGGCAGGCAGACGGAGCUCUGCCUGGGCUGUGGCCAGUUCACUACGCGCCGGGCACUCGUAGAGCACACACAUUUCUGUUGGAGUCAACGGGCCCAGCUCGGGACAGGGGAAAGAAUUUCAGCACCUGAAAGGGAAAUCCACUGUCAUUAUUGCAACCAAAUGAUUCCAGAAAAUAAGUAUUUCCACCAUAUGGGUAAAUGUCAUCCAGACUCAGAGAUUAAGAAACACUUUCCUGUUGGAAAGCCAAAAAUUCUUCCUUCAUCUCUUCCAAGUCAAGCUGCUGAAAACCAAACUUCCACAAUGGAGAAAGAUGUCCGUCCAAAGACAAAAAGUAUAAACAGAUUUCCUCUUCAUUCUGAAAGUUCAUCAAAGAAAACAUCAAGAGGCAAAAGCAAAACCUUGGAUCCACUUUGGAUGUCAGAGCCCAAGCCUAGGACCACCUCCCCUGUAGGAGAUGAAGCAGCCUAUGACAUUCUGAGGAGAUGCUCUCAGUGUGGCAUCCUGCUUCCCCUGCCCAUCCUGAAUCAACAUCAGGAGAAAUGCUGGUGGUUAGCUUCAUCGAAAGGAAAACAAGUGAGACAUUUGAGCUAGAUUUGGAAAAGGAAAGGUGCUACAAAUUCAGAAGAUUUCACUUUUAACAUUGGCUUUCCUGCCUGCUUGCUGUGGUGGUCUUGUGAAAAAUGAUGGGUUUUAUUCAUUGGGCUUUAAAAGAAAAGGUUUGGCAGAACGAAAAACGAAACCUAUAUAUCAUCUCAAUAGAUACAGAAACGGCUUUUGAUAAAACUUAACAUGACUUCAUGUUUAAAACCCUCAAGAAACCAGGCACAGAAGGAACACACCUCAAAAUAAUAAGAGCCAUCUAUGACAAACCACAGCCAACAGCAUACUGAAUGAGCAAAAGCUGGAAGCAUUCCCCUUGAGAACCAGAACAAGACAAAAAUGUCCACUCUCAACGCAGUCCUAUUCAACGUUGUACUGGAAGUCCUUGCCAGAGUAAUCAGGCAAGAAAAAGAAAUAAAAAGCAACCAAA